AAAGAAAGAAUGAAUGGCUAUAGAUGAGAGGAUUGACCAACAUGGAUGGUAGCAGUUUUAUUACUUGCCAUCGUUGUUAUACUACAUAUAGUUGGUUAUUGGGAAGACGCUGCUUUUAUUCGCUGGAUGCAAAGAAAUUGUCUUUUUACUUUCGUUCCUAUUCACCUUUUCCCAGAAAGAACAGGUCACUUGACAUGUCGAGAAACUUUCACACCAACAAAGGAGUUCGCAUCCUCUUUCUAGGUACACCUCUUUGUGCAGCAAAAUCCUUACAAAGAUGGCUAGAGUUGUCUCAACAGAAUCCAUAUGCUCGAAUAGUCUCAGUGAUCACUCAAUCACCUAGUGAGAAGCCAAGUAGAAAACGGAAUCUUUCUCCAGUACACGAGGUUGCCAUUCAAAACCAAAUACCCGUAUGGACUCCAGAGAAUAUAAGAGAUACUGACUUUCUAUCAAAGGUACAACAAUGGGAGCCUGAUAUAGCUAUUACUGCUGCUUAUGGAAAACUACUUUCGCCAAACUUUUUAAAUAUACCCAAAUAUGGAGUUGUCAAUAUACAUCCAAGUCUAUUACCCAAGUUUCGAGGUGCUGCUCCAGUGCAAAGAGCUUUACAACAAGGAAUAGAAGAAACAGGAGUAUCCAUUCUAUUCACAGUAACCAAGAUGGACGCGGGUCCUAUUAUUGCACAAGAGAAAGUUUCUUUAAAUGGAGAUGAAUUGGCUGGACCCUUAUUAAUAGACUUGUUUCUAAAAGGUACUGAUCUUUUGGCGCAACAUUUCAACUCCAUUCUGAAUGGAACUGUACAAACCUUGCAACAAAACGAAGAAGAAGCUACUUAUGCUCCUAAGCUGAAGAAAGAAGAAGGUUGGUUGUCUUUCCAUGAAAACGCUUGGCAUGUUCAUAACAAAGUUCGAGCCUUUGGUGACUCCAUUGGAACUUUUGCUAAUUUCGAUAUCCAACAAAAAGGAACUCAAAAACUGAAAAUUUAUAAAACACGUUUGAAAAAGAUGGUCUUCGUGUGACUUGUGACGAUGGCAGUCAGUUGGAUAUUCUUGAAAUACAAGCAAGUGGAAAAAGAAUUAU